AUGGCAUCAGUGGAGGAAGAGCUGACUUGCUCCGUGUGCCGAGACUCCUUCAGCCAAGCCCACCCACUGCCCUGCGGCCACAGCUUCUGCCCCACCUGCAUCCGCGAGGCCUGGAGCGCCCAGGAGGAGGAAAAAACUCGCUUCACUUGCCCGCAGUGUCAGGAGGAGCACGGAGAGGUGCUGUGCGACUGCUGCUCUUCUGAUGCAGAGGAAGAACAAAAACCAUUAGCUAUUAAGACCUGCCUGAGGUGUGAAGUGUCGUUCUGUGCCAAACACCUCCAACCCCAUCUGGAGAGGGCGGCGUUUAGCAACCACCUGUUGGUGGAUCCACUGAUGGACCUCUCCCAGAGAAGAUGUCAGACACACACUGAAAUAUUACGCUACUACUGUGCAGAUGAGAGGGUGUAUGUUUGUGGAGAUUGUUUGCUGGACGGAGGCCACGCUCAGCAUAAAGUGAAGGCGCUGAGACAGGUGGAGGAGGAUCUGAAGGUCAUUCUACAAACACUGCUCAGAAAAUCAGAAGAGAAGAUUAGAGAAGGAGAGCGAAUCCUUAAAGAGCAUGAGAACGUUGACACCACCAUGACAGAGUCUCUGAAGCAGGAUGACAUACAGGUGGAGCGGCUGGGAACAGACCUGCAGGCCCAGGUGAAGAAGCUGGUGGUCGCUCUGAGGGAGAUCACCAAGAGGGAGAGACAGCAGCUGAUAGAACGAGUGAACGAGGACUGCCUCAAGGUGAGGGAGGACAUGGGCCGAGUGCUGAACAUCCAGCAUUACUUGUCCUCUCUGCUGGCAGAGCCUGACCCCUUCCUGCUCAUCUGGGCAUUUCAAUCAGAUGACACAAAGCUACUAGAAGACCUGAACUGCCCACUCUACGUCCCUGAUAUCAUCAGUCUGGACAGAAAACACAUCUUGGAGGACAUAGAGAGCAAGUACAGAGAGUUCAUCACAGCCACCCUUCGCUGCCUCAGUGACCUCAAACGAGAGCUCUUAACGAGUCCUCUGACUCUGGACACGAACACGGCUCAUCCUCUGCUGAGCAUCUCUGACGACUUUCGCUCAGCUAGCCGUGUUAAAAGCCGCCUCCCCUGCGCUGCUCACCCUGAACGUUUUGACCACUGGCCACAGGUCCUCACCGCUCAGACCUUCUCCACUGGGACACACUACUGGGAGCUGGAAGCAGAGGGAUUCUGGGAUAUUGGCAUCUGUUAUAGAAGUAUUGGACGAAAGGGGAAAGAGGGCAAUGCCUUUGGGAACAACAAGGUAUCAUGGAGUUUGACUCAACAGCAUGACAGGAAGCUGGCUGCGUGGCACAACCGCAAGAAGACCCGGCUCACGUACCAGAUGACCGGUAAUCGAGUAGCUGUCGCCGUUGACUACGGUACAGGCACCAUCACCUUCUCUGAGGUGGGAUCUUCCAGCAACCUCACCCACAUCCACACCUUCGCCACCACCUUCACUCAGCCGGUGUGUUUGGGCUUCGGACUCUACAAAGCUGAGCUCAACAGCCGCAUCACUAUCGUCAAAGUCUGA